AAUUCUGACAUCAUGUCACCCUCAAGUUGCUCCGAAAAUGUUUGAGUUUCUUUCUUCUGUUGAGUAUAACAACAGAAUACAUUUUAAAGAAUGUUAUUAACCAAACAGUCAUUGACUUCCACUGUAUUGUUUUCAUACCAUGGAAGUCAGUGGCUACUGUCAACUGUUUAACCAACUGUUACCAACUUUCUUUAAAAUAUUUUGUGUUUAACAGAAGAAAGAAACUUUGGAACAACUUGAGGAUUUUAGGGUGAGUAAUUUAUGACAGAAUUAAAUUUUUUGGGUGAUUUAUCCUCAAUUUAAGUUUUGUAUUAUAGAAAGCAUAUAGCAAUGAUGAGUAGUCCCUGUAUGUAAGGGAGUUGGUUGACUCCAGUCAGUGGACCUAUUAGAGCACACACAUUAUGACGUUUACGCCGCCAUGUUUCCUGUUCUGUUCUGUAAGCGCAGUGGAAACAUGCGAUAAGACUGCAGUGUUGAAGGACAGCUGCUCGGAUGGUGUAUUCUAGCCAUUACAGCUCAUUUUAAUAAGUGCAUAUUACUGCGCUGUGCUAAAGGAAGGGUCUUGCCGUUGACUGUGUUUUGAAAGAUGUUUAGAAAAAGCCAGAACCUAAAAUAUGUAUUAAGUCUUGUACCCGGAAAAAAACGUUUCGGGACGUACAGAUUUUUGCCCUUGUUCUUCUGUAUCGGGGGCGUCAUGGAGUGGAUCAUGAUUAACGUGAGAAUAGGAAAAGAAACGUUUUAUGAUGUCUACAGAAGAAAACAAUCGGAGAGGGAAUACCAGCACAAGAUUGAGGAGGGCUUUGGGCUCACAGAGUCUGAAGCCAAAUGAGAUCAUCAGAAAACACUGGAAAUAAACCCUCACCAUCAUAAAGAGACUGAAAACAAAACCGCCUUGAGACUUUUGCACACUAACACACUUUUGAUAUCAUUCAAAAAUGGGAAUUUUAUUACACAUCAGCUGUAGGGCAGCUGUGACAUGGACUGUGUGAUUAUGAGAUGCAGAAAGCUGCUAAUGUUUGUUUCUGUAAGGAAAAUGGCAAUUUUUGUGUAAAAGUUUUUCCUGCAAUAAAAAUGUUUUGUGAUUUUAAGUAAUACACCGAAUAUUAUUUUAAUCAAAUGAAUGCAAAACUGAAGUAAUAAACAAUUACCCUUGUCAUCUUUAUAGUCUGCUCCUGGACUUUCAUCAUCUGUAUCAGCUGUUAAGAAUGACCUCUUUCUAGGUUAGCACAUGAAAAGAAAACUAGUGUAUUGUUUUCCCUCAAAAUGAACAAGUUCAACCAGUUCACAUGAUAUUUUGCCUUUUGAUGAGCUAAUGAGUUCCCAGAUAACUUGCUGACGGUGCUGGUUCCCAUUAGAUAUCAUAUAAUCCCAGAAUGGAUUUAACAGGUUUUCCAUCGAAUACCUUUCUUGGAAUAGAUUUAUAAUAUCUUGCAUUCUGAUUAUACAAAUAUAAAAUACAUUUGUUUUAGCCAUCAAAAACAUUAACAUGUUAAGCAAAACCUGUUUUAAUAAUAGGAACUUAGCAUUAUCAGCAUUAAUUUCCAUACUUUUGGUUUCUUGGCUUCCAUGACAAUUCUACUCUCUGAGAUUAAUUCUUCAUCAUCUACUAUUUUCAGUAUCCCUUUGAGUUUAGGCACCACUUUACUGGUUCAUGCUGGUUCACAAAAUAUCCACGACACGGUCACGAAAAAGAGUAAAAUCCUUAGAUCCAUCAUCGCUGUUGUGGUGUGUGAAGAAGAGAGAGGAGCGACACAGUCUGUCACAGCCUCAGAGUAAAAUGAGACCUCUCUGCCUGUGAACCAUUAAAAAACAUUCAUGAAACGGCUUUAUCCCACUCUGUGCUGUCUUAUGGUUUUUUAACAGAUCACUCACCUCUCUUCCCACCAAAAUAAAAUGCUGUGAUCCACCUUAUGCUUCUGUUGUGCAUAUGCAUGUUUUGAAAUUGUGCUUAACUGUCUAAGUGGAUUAAAAAAAACUUUGAAAUCGAUAUACUUUGCCGUCUUCUUAUGAAUAAGAAUUAUCUUACAACAAGAUGUGUGUUCCUUCCUUUUGUGAUUUAAUGAGACAUUUUCAGGGAACACUGAUUCGGAGAAACAGAGGGAAAGGGGAGAAUGAACAGUGCUGGCCAUGGAAAUAAAGGACGGAAUUCAACAGGAAAUUAUUAUUAGUUCAGGAAUCUUGGACUGCAUGUUUGUAUAUGGUGAACUUGCCAACUCAAAAUCAAUGCGUUUCAUCCAUCUCUAUGUGAUGUUCAAAAGCUUUAUUGUUAGAAAUGCGGUUUGUUUGGGAGGUAUCAGGAUGGACUGAGAGAAGAGGGAGAAAAACUUCUGUCCCCUUGCCUUUGAUUAAGCCGAAGUGAAAUUUUCUGAUUUUAAUAAUAUCCAGGUGUUCAAACAAAUGCAUGCCAAGACUUUUAAUUAAAAGGCACUUCCUCAAC